CCCGGGACGAAGUGCAUGUCGUUAAGACGAAACCUGAGGUCGUUACAAACGGGUUCGGAUAUUUGCGUAAUAGCGCCAAAAUCUUUGGAAAGGCCGUUGAAAUACGUGCAAUACGUCGAUACAACUUUCGACAAAAGUCGCCACGGACCGGCAUGCGAGGAAGAGAUUUGCUGUUCUUGCAAUUCUUCGAAAGAAAGCGACCGUCGAUCCUUAUAUCGAACGCCUUCGUUUUCUUACACAGUACUCAAUAUGAAUUAUCCAAAGGAAGCACCUCCUCCAUAUGGCAUGGCUGUUCCACCACCAAUUCAACCAGCAUCUGUCCCUCAAGUUGUAAUCGCUGCUUCAUUUGGCCCUGAACCACAGACUUUGACAUGUCCUUCCUGUCACACUGUCAUUGUCACAAGAGUGGAACGCGAGAGCACAGUCAAAACGCACAUAUUGGCUGGGGUUAUAUGUUUACUCUGCUGUCCAUUAUUCUGGGUUCCAUACUGUAUUGACUCGUGCCAGGCAACGAACCACUACUGUCCCAAAUGUGGCGCCCAUCUCGGAAUCUAUGAUCGGUGAACAACUUACAAUCCUGUUUUUUUUUGUGUUUUUUUUCUUGUUUUUUACCAAAUGUUAACUUUAUGUGAGUUAAUGCUUAUACUUAUUAUACUAUUAUUAGACAACUGUCAAAAAAACAAUUUGUGUAUACAUUAAAACAUAUCCACAUUAUGCUAUUAUAA